CGAUCGGUCACGCACCAUAUGUCAUGCAGCAUUGCUACACUGCUACAGAAUUGAGCAUGCGCAGUAACGAUCGAAAGUUCACUGGUGCACUUCAAAAUAUUGCAUAUCACGUAUAGCAGACCUACCAGCGUCACCACGUUGCACCAUACCACCACGCGCGUGCAGAAUACACGUGUACAUGCUCCAUCCACGAUAUCCAUUUUUCCCUGCCGUCGCCCGCCUCGUUCUUCAUUCUUUUAAUAUUGUUCAAUUCGUUUUCGUCAGUUGUUGACAGUAUACAUGGUAAAUACGCCAACCUCUUUAAUAGAUAUGUUUUCUGGUCGGGAUGCCGAAGAAAAAGGUUGCGAAACUUAAUUUCACAACAUUUUUAAGUCAACUCGAAGCAGACGACGAGGCAGUUGAACAAUAUCAGCGUGCAUUGGAAAAAAUCAACAUUUCUUCAACUUCGUUUCGUCAGUUGAGUACCGAUGAACAGUUUGGAGUAGUGGUUUCGCGAUUUGGUUUUCUGGAAGUUUGCAGAGUACAACGAGCCAUUGAAAGCAGUGACGUUUCUUCUUUUUUUGACGCAAAUUUAUUUAGUGAAAGUCUUGGAGCAGAUUCACAGCUGUGCCAAUUUUUGUUAGCGGUGCGUAGGCCUACUUUGUCUGCUUCAACUUCCUCUUCCACAUGCGAAUCGCCAUCUUCCUCAUCCUUACAGCAGCCGUCACUCCCAAGCUCGUGCUCUUUGAUCUCAUCUAGUUUUUCUCCUGUAGAUUCUUUUGAUUUUUGUUUGGUCCCUCCAUAUUCUACAUGCAUUUCUUGUGAGGGUAACUUGGGACACAAUCACGUGGAUGGUACCAAGGUUAAGGUAAUUACCUUAAAUGGGUGCAAGAUUGGCCGAAAAUCCACGUUGCGAUGCCGCCACUGCAGCUUAAUUUAUAGAUACGAUUCAUAUGGGAAUGCAACUCUUGGUUUCAACUUAUACAAGGAACAAAGACAAUUUGUGAGAGCGUCCAAUACACUCUACCUUGAAAGGCAACUGUUGGAGCUGCAGUGUAGCCUGGCAAAUCAUUCUUGGGUCAGCUUCGUUGGUUUUGCUGAGUCGUUCAAUGAUGCAUUUGGUCUUUCAAGGCAAGCAGGUGUCACUUCCAAGCAUAUUUCAUCAGCCUUCUGCAAUGGAGAGUUGGAAAAUGAAUUACGUGAUCUUCAACGACUUGAUAUGUUUGGCCUUAUGAAGGCCAACAGUAAAUCCGACCGAGUCAAGAUCCUUGAACAGGUUGAGUGUAUACGGCGCCAGCAACAAUAUGCUCAUCCAAAGUGCCAUCCGAACUGUGCAGCAAAAGGUUGUGGCCGAGUGUUCGUUGCGGAUGGCAUCUGGAAACUCAGUUUUCCUCACUGCAUGCAUAAAUGCGAGAACAAGGUUUCAGGCAUUCCAGUACCCAGUCUACCUGAUGUGUGUACCAAAUCUCCGGUGAAAGGAAAGGCGUUCUGCUUAGAGCAUUGUGCAAAUGCAAAAGAGUUGAAAAUACCAACUGACCUGCAUGCUUUUCUUAAGCACUGUGACGUCAAACAACCAGAUCCUGUCUCCAAAGGUCCAUCUACAUCUACUGGCAGUCAGGGCAGUGAUAAGAUUGCUGACAAGCUCUGCCUGGCACCUGGUGCCAGCUGUAAUGCACAAACGAUAGCCAAAGUGGAAGAAGUUCUCUCGAAAUUACAGCCAGUGCCAUCUACUGGGGAAUCUGUAGUGGAUGCACAAGGGACCAAGAGCUUCUUAAGUCAACACAGUGCCUCCAUGUCCACCAUGAUGAAGGAUUGUGUUGAAGAGGUUCCCUCAACUUGCAAGAAGGAUGUUGGGGCAAGAAAGAGGCUUCAAAAAUGGUCUAGAGGACAUCUGUUUGUUGUCAGAGCUGGUGGCCAUAUUGAGUUUUGGCAAACCUUAUACAAGUCGGAGUCACCCUCCCAGGUUUUCCUGAUACUAGUGUCUUGGCUAUCUGAGUACUUGAAGACGGUUCCUGUAAAUUCCUGGUCGAAUGUAGCUGUUGUCUAUGACAAUAUGUGUCACUUGGACAAUAUGAAGGUUGCAAGGAAGCCUUUACCACUCGAUUGGCCCUGGUCCCAAAUGUGGUUGAGUCUCCACAAGUGUGUGGAUAGAUUGCACAUACGGAACCACACAGACAAAUUAUGCAAAACAAAGUAUCACCCCAGUGAUCACCUUGCUGAGACAGACAACACACUUAGUGCUGAACAGACCUUUGUGUGGCUCUCAAGAUUCAAAAAAAUCUUAUGUGCCAUGCCAAAAGUGAAACAUAUGUUCUAUCUUCACAGGAUGGUAGUUCGCCGUAACAGGUAUACUGCGUAUUGUUAUAACAGUGGGUACAACCCAGUGCUUCCUGUUGUAAAAAGCACAAACACUACCUAGUAACAUAGGUUAGAGCACAGGACAGUGAUUUCAGAUUUUAGGGUUUGCAUCGUAGGGUGUCAGUGUCAUUUAGGUUUUUGGGUAACACCAUAUGGUCAUAACUACUUACACUAUGGCACAGUUAGUUAUGUUAAAAAUAGUGUUGGUUAGUAUACUGGAAAUGACGUGCUUAAUAUUUUGUUACGUUGAGUAUAUUUAGUUGUAAACCAGUCUUGCUUAUUUCUUGCAAUUAUCUUCACUGAACAAGUUUGUUCUAAUUUCAAAUAGAACAAAGUAACCAGUGAAAGUAGAUAUUUCCACACGUUGUAACUGCUAAUCUUAUAGACAUUGAUUUCCACCAACCAGUUCUUUUAAAUUGUUGGCAGUUUACUCUCCUAUGGGCUUCAUGCACAAGUAUCCCCUCAACAGCCACAAAAAGGAGAGUUGAGGGAGACCUAGAUUUCAUUACAUAUUUCAAAGGACCCAAAUUUAUUGUGGGUGGGGCUUAGUCUUGGCAAUCAUCAAAAAUUGUUCACACUUUAGUGUCGAUGAAAUCCGACGCUCCUGCAAAGAUGCUGUGGUUAAUGGCUUUAAGGCAUUCAGGAAGUCAUGCAUACUUCCCACGUGAACAAACACUGUUAUGCAGGUGCUUAGUGUUGCCGAUUAAUAUGGAUCUCAAAACUGGUUUAAAAAAAGCCCUCAUUUAGUGAUGCACGGAACCCAUAACGGUCAACUAUCCAGUGCACUGUAAACCACUAAAUUGUUGUUCCACUUGCAGUGCACUGCACCCAUUCUGGUUGUUUAAGGGCAGCAUUACCAGACCCAGCUGGAAUUGUUGCAUGCUCCCAUUAAAUGCUCUGCCUGUUGUUACUUUACAUGCAGCCCCAGAUGUCUGAAAAGAAUUCUUGCCAUAUACGGACAAGAUGGGUCCCCUCUGGCAAAUAUCUUGCUGUAUUACAAUGUAGUGCAUAUGAGCAGUUUUCCUGAUUUUACACUAAAUUUUUCUUUUUUGCGUGUGUUGUAUUACUAGAAUUUUUUGUUUACAGUUGUGAAGGUGAAACAAUUGUGUUAUACAGGGCGAGUCAAAAAAACACGAAACCAACAUGUCUGGAACACUUUUUUAGUGAGGUUCUGCAUGUAUAGGGCUUUCAAAAUCUAGGAUAUGACAGCCCAAUUCAAAAGCUUUCCUUCAGAAUUGGAAUUAAUAGAAUCACUCGUGUACUUUCCAAGUUCCAGAAAUUUCAACGCAACCACCGUUAUGUAUUUAGGUCCACGUACACAAAAAGGAAUUGUUUUUUCAUCAAAACCAAAACAAAUCACAUAGAGAUGUGUUUGCAUGGUUUUCGUUUUGCUGAAAGAACGCACGCCUUUUCCUGUGAUCCAUGGACAGAACUUUAAAAUGGUGGUCGUGUUUAAAAUACUG